AUGGAAAGUCAAGAUUUUACUGAUCAAAAUUCUGAUAUUCCCAUUGAGGGAAAUACAGACCCCAGCAACAAGAAAGAUGAACAGCCAGAGCAGAAAAUUCAAAGAGAUGGAUAUUUGGACAAGCAAAAGGACAUUGAUGAUUGGCUUCCAAUUACAUCUUCAAGGAAUGCAAAAUGGUGGUACGCAGCUUUCCACAACGUCACCGCCAUGGUUGGAGCCGGUGUCCUAAGUCUUCCUUUCGCAAUGUCGCAUCUAAGAUGGGGUCCUGGAGUAGUCAUAUUGAUACUAUCAUGGGUGAUCACUCUCUUCACUUUAUGGCAAAUGGUUGAGAUGCAUGAAAUGGUGCCGGGGAAACGGUUCGACAGGUACCAUGAGCUGGGACAACACGCUUUCGGCGAAAAGCUUGGCCUGUGGAUUGUGGUGCCUCAACAGCUAAUUUGUGAAGUUGGUGUGGAUAUUGUCUAUAUGGUUACUGGUGGAAAAUCUCUUCAGAAGGUUUACAACACAGCAUGUGAAGGCUGUGACGGGAUCAGCCUCACCUUGUUCAUUCUAAUCUUUGCUUCUCCUCAUUUUGUACUCGCCCACCUCCCCAACUUUAACUCCAUCUCCGGCGUCUCUUUAGCCGCCGCAGUGAUGUCUCUGAGUUAUUCUACCAUAGCAUGGACGGCUUCCGUCCACAAAGGUGUUCUGAAAGACGUUUCUUAUGGCAACAGAGCGUCGAGCGAUGUAGGAGCAGUCUUUAACUUCUUCACUGCCUUGGGAGACGUAGCUUUUGCCUAUGCAGGGCAUAACGUGGUGUUGGAGAUUCAGGCAACAAUUCCGUCCACACCAGAGAAGCCAUCCAAAGGUCCCAUGUGGAGAGGAGUGCUAAUCGCCUAUUUAGUCGUGGCCUUGUGUUAUUUCCCUGUCGCGCUCGCCGGCUAUUACGUUUUUGGUGACAAAGUUGAAGACAACAUCUUGAUUUCCUUAGAGAAACCGAAAUGGCUUAUCAUAGCAGCCAACAUGUUUGUUGUCGUCCAUGUCAUUGGAAGCUAUCAGAUAUAUGCAAUGCCAGUGUUUGACAUGAUCGAAACGGUGUCGGUGAAGAAGCUGCGUUUCAAACCCACUUGGUACCUUCGUUUCAUUACAAGGAAUCUAUACGUUGGCUUCACUUUUUUUAUUGCAAUUACCUUUCCUUUCUUCGGUGGUCUACUGGGAUUCUUCGGAGGAUUUGCUUUCUCCCCAACAACAUACUUCCUCCCUUGCAUUAUGUGGCUUGCCAUCUACAAACCAAAAACGUGUAGCUUGUCUUGGUGUGUCAACUGGAUAUGCAUCAUACUGGGGCUUCUGCUGAUGAUUCUAUCACCUAUUGGAGGGUUGAGAUCGAUCAUACUACAGGCUAAGAACUACGAAUUUUACUCUUAGGGAAAUGGAAUUCACAUACAAGUCAAAUUUGAACCAUUUUCUAUCUCCUCUUGACAAAAAGUCAUGUACCAACAGAAUAGGACUGCUCUCCUGUGGGGGUAUCAUGUUGAAUGUUGUUUGCAUAUUGCAUAUAUUUCCAAAGGGUGCAUCAAUAUCAUAAAUUGUCUUUUCUAUGUGAAUCAUACUAGUAUGACUUUUUACACAAAAUGUUGGAGCUAGAUAAAUUGCGCGUUUUAAAUAAUGGGGUGCAAAUAGCAUGAAAAGGGAACUUGGCUCUUGCUUUAUCGUCACUCCAACCGAACAAUUACAUAUAAUGAUGUAUAUACACACAUAAGAAUUGAGAUGAAAAGGGAAAAAAUGAAACGAAUUGGUAAAGCAAAGCAGCUUUCUUUCAGAGAAAAUUAUCCGGUUUAAUUAUGCCAGA